CACACACACACACACAUUCACACACACACACACACACACACAUUGCGAUUGGCAAUACUGUGUGACACGGGGAAAGUCCGCGUCUCGGCUGCAGUUGUCUCCACUUUUACAAUCAUUAACUCGGUGAAAAAAACAAAUCAUCUCAGAAGCGUAACUGGGAAGGUAUCAGUUAAGAAGCUGAGAAACCCAGAGAGUCGGAGCUCGGGGACCGAUCGGAGCACUGAACCAUGCGGACUCGAGGCUGGACUGUCUGCGUGUUUAUCCUCACCUUGAGUUUGGCCUAUGGGUUAAGGGAGAUUCGUUGGUGCACAAUUUCCGAGGCAGAGAUGGUCAAGUGCAACAAGAUGAAGGCGGCUUUCCAAUCUGCCAAAAUCCAGCCCACACUAUCCUGCAUUUUACACAAAUCAACAAAGGACUGUAUGGAAAAGAUAGCGACCAGAGAAGCAGAUGCAGUGACAUUGAAUGGCGAGGACAUCUAUCAUGCAGGGAAGAAGCAUAACUUGAUGCCUGUCGUGGGCGAGUAUUAUAACCAAGAGUUUGGAGCCUCGUAUUAUGCCGUGGCCGUUGUCCACAAGUCUGAUAAUUCAAUCAACAUCAACAAUCUGCACCAAAAGAAGUCCUGUCACACUGGCUAUGGGAGGACAGCAGGCUGGGACGUUCCUAUUGGCUAUCUGGUUGACUCUGGAAGAAUGUCUAUGAUGGCGUGUGCAUUUGGAGAAGCUGUGGGUGAAUUCUUCUCAAAAAGUUGUAUUCCUGGAUCCUCCAGUAUGGGUUUCCCAUUGAACCUCUGCAGUCUUUGCAUUGGUAAUGGACAGGACAAAUACAAAUGUGAAGCAAAUAACAAUGAACUUUACUACAGCUAUAAUGGAGCAUUCAGGUGUCUUGCUGAGCAAGUAGGUGAUGUUGCCUUUAUCAAAAAUUCCACAGUGUUUGAUAACACAGAUGGGAAGAAUGCUGAAGAAUGGGCAAAAGGCCUUAACUCCAGUGAUUACCAGCUCCUGUGUCGGGAUGGAAGCCGUGCUGAAGUCACAGAGUGGCAUACCUGUCACCUUGCCAAGGUGCCCAGCCGUGCAGUUGUGGUCCGAUCUGAUACAGAGAUCUUUAAUUUUCUAAAUGCUGGUCAGCAACAUUUUGGUGCCAAUUCAUCUGGCUUUAAGAUGUUUGAGUCUGACGUUUAUGGUGGCAUUGAUCUGAUGUUCAAGGACACCACUACAGAACUGAUUCAAAUUCUAAACAAGACAUAUGAGGCCUGGCUGGGACCAGAGUACCUAGGUGCCAUGCGAGGACUGGACUGCAGCUCAGACAGCGUCCCCACCUUGCGCUGGUGCACUCAAUCGACAGGCGAGUUGCAGAAAUGUAGUGAUAUGGCUAUAGCUUUCAACAAGGAGAAGCUGAAACCAACAGUUCAUUGCGUUUCAGCCAAAAAUCCCGUUGACUGCAUGCAGAAAAUCAAGAAUCGGGAUAUUGAUGCAGUCAAGAUGGAUGCACAACAGAUCUACACUGCUGGGAAAGAGUAUGGCCUGGUGCCUGCAGUGGGUGAAAGUUACUCCGGGGAAGAUGAUGCAGCAAUGUACUUUGCUGUAGCAGUGGUGAAAAGGGAAAGCCAUAAUUCCUUCACCAUCAAUGAUUUGAAAGGAAAGAAAUCAUGCCACACUGGUGUGGGCAGGUCAGCAGGUUGGACCAUCCCUGUUGGGCUCCUGAUUGAGAGAGGUGCCCUCAAGAUUUCCAACUGUAACUACGGCAAAGCACUCAGUGAAUUCUUCUCUGCCAGUUGUCUGCCAGGUGCCAGUGAACAUAGAUACCCAUCCAACCUGUGUGACCUGUGCAUUGGGGAUAACCAGGGGAAGGCAAAAUGUGCCUCCACCUCAGAGGAGCAAUAUAGUGGCCAUGCUGGAGCUUUCAGGUGUCUUCAAGAAGCAGGAGAAGUUGCAUUUGUUAAGCACACGACAGUCUCCGAGAACACUGAUGGUAACAACCAGGAUCCCUGGGCCAAAUAUCUGAAAUCUAGUGAUUAUCAGCUGCUGUGCCUGAACGGAGCGCGGGCAGAGGUUGAUCAGUGGAAGCAGUGCCACUGGGCUCGAGUUCCAUCUCAUGCUGUCAUGGUCCAUCCUUCAACUCCUACCUCUGUGGUGUUCGGGCUGCUUGAUAAAGCACAGGAGUUCUUUGGCAACGACACUAACCCCAAUGGGUUUAAAAUGUUUGAUUCCUCAAACUACAUCGGAACUGAUUUGAUCUUUAAAGAUUCCACUUUGAAACUUACCCCAGUGGGGGAGAAGAAUACUUACUUAAAGUGGAUCGGAGAAAACUACUUCAAAGCUUUUAAAAAUUUGGAGUGUUCUGGUGCAGUGAUUCCAUCCGCAAGUUUCUGGCUGCUGAUUCUCCUCAGUCUCCUACUCGCCCAUUGCCACAUGUAAGUUCCAGGUGCUCCACCUGCCUCGUCAGCCUGUGAGUUUUCUUCCUGUCCUGCUGUAUAACCAGAGGAAAGGAACCCAAAAUGAAACACCCUGGAUCAAAGAAUGAAUUUUCCAAAUCAAGAUGGCAAUGGCACGGACAUCCAAAUCAAGCAAAAAGAUACCGAGCUUUCCUGUACUCCAUGAGGCCACUUACUCACAAGCCAUCAAAUGUUAUAUUUAUCCCCUCACAUAGUGCAGUAAAACUCACAUAAGUCUGAUCUGUAUAAUCGUCUAAGGCAUACAUCUG